AUGGUGGUAAGCUCGACAGUCGAGUCGUCGUCAGGCAAUGUUCCUACUACUACGAGUACCGGGUCCGCUAUUAGCGAGUACAAUCUCUUCUUGGAUUCUCCCGAGAUUCAGCGCGAGUUGCGCGCAGUGGAGGAGCGCAGCGGCAUUCCCUGGGACUCCCUUCCCGCCGCCUGGUGGGGCGACGCCGCGCCAUGGCCGAAACUGCCAGGAAGCUACCUCUGGGACGACCGUGGCAGCAGCGAGAGCGACAGUAGCGGAAGUGACAAUAGCGAGAGCGGGAACGACAGUAACUCGGGAGCGCUCCCCGCUCCCCAUACCCCGCGCCGCCGUCGCUUCCUGUUCUUCUCUCUGCGCAACGAGGCGUGCGCGGGCGUGGCGCACACGCGCACCAGCCUCGCGUGCCAGCUGUCCGUCGCGCGCGCGCUGCGCCGCACGCUGCUGGUGGACGCGUCCAAGUGCACCGCGCCCGAGCACGAGCGCGCAGAGCGCGCGCCGGGAGGCGACGCGGCUGUCGAUGUGGAAGCGUCCACUCUGGGCAGCCCCGCGCCCGAGCACGAGCGCGCGCGCGCCGCCGGCACGCGCCGGCACGUGCAGCCCCUGUUCGCGUACUUCGAUCUGGCGCGCGUGAGCCUUGCGCCAAUGGCUCCGCUGCAGCUGUUCGCGCAAGAGAGCGCGCAGUGGGGGGAGCGGAACGGAGAAGGGGCGGUGGGGGUGCAAGGGGAGCAGAUGAAGAACGGGGAGGAGUGGGGAAAUGGGGAGAAUGGGGAGAAUGGCACGCGGGCACGAAGGAGGGAGAUGGGGGAGGAGAUGCACGGGCAGGCGGAGCGCCUUACUGCUGCAAUAGCUCCGGAAUCGGCAACCCUGGAGGAUCUGCUUCGGCUAUCCGAGCCUGUGCUGCUGGUUCGGCAGGCAGCCACGGGAUUCGCUGACUGUGAGGACCCCAGGAACGGCGGCCAGGUGGCUUCUGAUUGGUCGGCCAUAGAGUACCGGCCGGAGCUGUGGGCGGUAGUGGGGCAGAUUAUAGCGAGUAUGGAUGGAGGGGACUACGAUGCUGUACAUGUGAGGCGGGGGGAUAAGGCGAGGGAUACGAGUCGCUGGCCCAACCUUGCUCAGGACACCUCUGUUGAAGCCCUAGCACAGAAGCUCCCCCGCCUCAUCCCUCCUGGGCGCUCAGUGUACAUUGCGAGUGACGAGUCCCCCUCCUUCUUUGACCCGCUGCGAGCGAGUCGAGGAGGGCAGGGGGGAGAAGAGGGCGGUGGAGGGCAAGGCGCGCAAGGGGAGAAGGGGGGCGGAGAGGGGCAAGGGGCGCAUGGGGGAGAAGAAGGGCAACGCGAGAAGGGGGGGAAUGGGGGACAAGGGGAUGGAGGGAAGGGCGGGGGCGGAGGGGGCCUGUACCGGGUGCAUAUGCUGGGGGACUAUGCGCACCUGUGGGGGGAAGGCAGUGACUGGGGGAGGGCGCAACUGGCGCUCAUGGAGGGGCAGGGGGAGGUGGCAUUUGAUUCUUACAUGGAGGCUAUAGUGGAUUACUCCGUCUUUGCGGCUGCCCGAAGAAGAGUCGAAACUUUCAAUGACAUAACAACUGAUCCUCGGAAUGGCAUUUCAUUGUGA